AUGACAGAGGCUGAACGAACACGUUAUGUGGAAACCGUACGACGGGUCUCAACGGAAAGUGCGUAUCGCCAGGAGUAUCGUCGUAUAAUAAAUAUGCAUCAGAGGCUUUUCAGUACAGGAAUUUAUCAGAAAGACCAAUUUCUACCAUGGCAUCGAUGGUAAUUGACUCACAAUGCAACUUUUCCCUUAACAUUUAUUUUUUACCCAGAUCAUUAACCUGUAUAUUCCAAACACAGUUGCCAUUCCGUCGAGUGUCAAUACUGUCUACAGGCGGCAGGAUAAACAGUCGUUUUUAUUUUUUCUGAAAUGUUUCAAGUCAGCACAACCUGCCACCGUGUGCAAGAAAAAAAAGGUUCCUUUUACACCACUGGGGGAAAAGAAAAUCUUGAGGGAGAAGUCAAGUGCUCACUUGUUCGUCCUGAGCAAUCGAAGCUAACAUUUAGAGGGAAAAAAGUCAUAGAAGAUAAUCUGACCUUGAUUAUGUGAUGAUUACCAUCUUCUCAUGCUUGUGAUCUAUCAUUUAAGAGAAUCUUCCAUUAUUCCUUGGUUGAUCUCAGGAGCUCGCUUGUGUCUCAAGAUGUACUGGCCUGAAGCCACAUCUUAAAAUCAAAAUAUUGUCAUUUGCCCAGCUUUAGUCAGUCUAUGGCUAUGUUCUCACUAACCGUUUGCACCGCGACGAAUACCAUGAAAACCUGCUAGGACUUCUGCACACACAGGAACAGUGAUUUCUGUAACGGAGCAUGAAUGUGUCGCGCCCUCGCCGAUCUGGCUAUAAAGUGAAGAGUCACAUAUCAGAUAGGUGUUCAUGGUAGUACUAUAGCUAAUAGGGCUUUUCGUGUUGAAAAGUAAGCGGGUGAAGUGUGAACACAGCCUAUAAUAUGUAUGGAAUGCAAACAUAGCGAACAUAAAACAACUUUUGCCGCCAUAUCAGUACAAAAAAAAAAACGGUAAUUCCCAGAAAGGGACAGACUGAGUAUUUGUUGCAUAUAUGACCAAGAACGAUCACAAAAGUUAAGCGAAACACUGGAACUUGUUUUUUUCUCUAUCUGGUUUAUUUCUCUACUUUCCUAUCACAACAGGUACCUUCUUCGGUACGAAAACUUGUUGCGUCAAGUAGAUUGUCGAGUCACUCUUGCCUACUGGGACUGGAGUCUGUUUUCGAUGUCACCCUGGAAUAACACCAGUGACAGAAUCUGGUACCCAGGCCCAUCUGGUCUUGGAGGCAACGGCAGUGAUGGAAGUAGUGGUGGCUGCGUCACCGAUGGACCAUUUUACUAG